AGCUCACGUCAGGAUGAGUUCCAUUGAUCAAAAAAGCGUUUAUCAAACAUUGAAGAAUAUCCUUUUGCCAGCUUUUUGUUCCAAUCAUAUGUGCUAUGUGGCCUAUGUGCAUGUUGUGUUGACAAAGUUCACAAGUUGCAAAGACAAUACAAAUUUAAACAAAAAAAUUAAAAUGACAUUGAGACGGACGAGAGGAGGUAAUGUGAAGCGUACUUAAAAGUUAGGCUAUCUCCAACUCUCACUGGGCUAGAUGGAAAGUCCUAGCGAGGAUCGAGAGACAUUGCUGGCGUCGCUGCGACGUAGGACAAGCGCCCUUCUUACACCUUGGAGUCGGCAGAGAAGUCUCUUGGCUGGCGGUCUCGUGCUGUCCACCCUCUUCUUGGAACGCCUCGCCUUCUACUCGGUGCUCAGCAACCUGUACAUCUUCCUGACUAACGAGGGUCGUACCGCCUGGAGCUCGGACGAGGCCCUUUCGGCCACCUUGCUAUUGACAGGUCUGGCCUAUUUUUCAGCCCUUCCUGCAGGGUGGUUAGCGGACGCCGUAGUUGGCCGCUACUGGACCAUCACAGGCGGUCUCUGUUUGUACGUAUUGGCCUACGGCAGCCUGACCGCUCUAGCCUUUGAUGGCCUCGCCUCAGUGGGCUGCAGCAAAGACUUGGACGGUCCUUGGUGUUCGUUCUACAUCUACUCAACAAUUACCGCCAUUGGGCUUGCUGUGGGCACCAUCAAAGCCAAUGUGCCUGCUUUUGGCGCAGAACAGAUGCGCCAGGGUGGCUCCUUACGAGUUUUCUUCAACUGGUAUUACUGGUGCAUAAACGGUGGAGCCCUUCUUGGAGUUGGCGGCAUGGCGUAUUGGGAACAGGCGUCCACCAGAGGAUUUCCACCAGCCUUUGCUGUGGCUACCGGCAUCCUUGUGCUUGCCCUCUUGCUAAUGCUCUUUGGAAAGAGGUACUUUGUGGUUCAUCGACCUUCAGAGACCUCGGUCCUUGGAAGCCUCUUGCACAUGGUCAAGGAGGGCCUGACAGGAAGAAUUGCAGCUGGUCGAAUCGCCAUUGGCUGCAUUCAGAGCUCGCCAAUUUUGAACUCUCCAGCAGACGAAGAGGUGUACGAGUCUUUGGGGUCCCCAACAAGCUCUGUUGAAACAGUACCUGAGUGGCUAGAUUUUGCAAAAAUUCGCUAUGGUGGAAGUCACAGCGACGAGGCAGUUGAUGAGGCCAAAAAAUUGGGACCAGUUUUGCUACUACUAAUACUGAUGGUGCCCUAUUGGCUCAUAUUUUUACAAUCAAAUUCUGGUUUCCAAGCCCAAGCUGUACACCUGAAAGUUGAUUUAGGAACAUUUUUGUUUCCAACAGCGUGGCUUGGUUUAGUGGACCAGCUGUUUGUCCUGACUUUGAUUCCUCUUGUAAACGGAGCCCUGAUUCCGCUUUUGGAGAGACAGGGUCUCAGAAUAUCACUUGCUACCAGAAUUGCGAUUGGAAUGGUUUUUGCUUCAUUAGCAAUGUUUGCUGCUGGGGGACUAGAAACCGCAUCUAUCAGCACUUGGAAGAAUGGUGAAUAUGUGACACAGACAAUUGGUCAUGCAACCUACAAUGCAAGCACAGUAUCAAUUUUGUGGCAGGCACCCCAGUACUGCUUAUUGGGCACAUCUGAAGUGUUUGCCACUAUUGGUGGACUAGAAUUUGCCCACUCUCUGGCUCCACGAGCACUUCAAGGUCUAGUAAUGGGCCUGCUUUCGGCCUUCGAAGGCAUGGCCUCAUUUUUGGGCAUUGGACUCUUGGCUGUUUUGACUCCUAUUUGGAUUCAGCCAGAUGCGACCCACUUUGAAGGCCAUUAUGAUUUUUAUUUCUUCCUUCUGGCAGCUGUUCAGGUUACUACCAUAGUUACUUGUUCUUUGGCCGUCUGCAUUCGGAGACGAGCCAGAAGACGAACUCGAAGACGUCAGUUGCCUGAUGAACCAAUGUUGAGCUAAUUUCUGUGAUCCCCAGAAUAUUAACAUCAUUCUGACUUGUGCCAAAUAUUAUUCAAGAAUCAAGUUAUUUAUAACUGAUAUAAUUUACUACUUGAUCUACAAUUAUCAGACUUGAAUUAGUAUUAUUUCAUUAAUAAGCCAUGCUACCCAUGGUAAUAAAAGACGUUAAAGUUAGACAAAAUAUUUGCUUCUAAUUGAAAAUUUCUACCUUUUUUCUAUUUUUCCUGCCGAAAAACCUGAAAAAUAUAUUUUUUUAUUGAAACAGGGUGAUAUCUUAACAAUGAGCUGCUCAUCAGUUUAUUUUACAUAGGAUAAUUUGCAAAAUCUACAAUUGUAAGCUGCCAUAAACAGCAAUACUACUUAUAUCGUAAUUGUAGACAGAGAUCUCGUAACAUCUAAGCGAUAUAACUCCGAGAGUACAAAAAAUGGUAAAUGCAGCA